AACUCGUGAACGCGUUUCAAACGACAACUUUUCGAUACGGCGACUGCAUUGUUAUCUUGUGCGGUUUUGAGGUUUUUUUUUAUCAAAAAUUCAAAGAAAACCUAUUUCUACACGCAGUGUUUGCUGUGAAGUUGAAACAACUCUUUUAAAGUCAUAUCACAUUGUUUGGUUAUUUCCUUGCUCUGCAGGCGCUCGUGAUUCGAUUUUUUGGUCAGACAUAAUGUCUUUCAUUGAUCUUUCUGGUGACGGUGGUGUCCAGAAGCAGAUUCUUCUAGAAGGGACAGGAAUCGAUACCCCAUCAAAUGGGUGCAGCGUAUCACUGCACUAUACCGGUACGCUAGAUUCAGACGGGAAACAGUUCGAUUCGAGCAGGGACAGGAAUGAGCCAUUUGAAUUCAAGCUUGGGCAGGGAUCUGUAAUUAAGGCAUUUGAUAUGGGAGUAGCCACUAUGAAACUUGGCGAACGGUGUAUAUUGAAAUGCGCUCCAGAUUAUGCCUACGGUGCUUCCGGUAGCCCUCCAAAUAUUCCCCCUAAUUCAACGUUGAAUUUUGAGCUGGAAAUGCUUGGUUGGAAGGGAGAAGAUCUAAGUCCGCAGUCGGAUCAGGGUAUAGUCCGAUUCAUACAAAAAGUAGGCGAGGGCAAGAAAACACCGAAUGAUGGAGCUUUUGUUAAAAUUCAUUUAGUCGGUCAGUAUGGUGGAAAGGUGUUCGAGGAUCGUGAUGCGGAAUUCACACUCGGAGAGGGCGAAGAAGCCGGCGUGAUUGCCGGGGUGGAAAUUGCCUUGGAAAAGUUCAAGAAAAUGGAAACUUCCAAACUCAUUCUAAAGCCACAGUUUGCCUUUGGACCUGUAGAAAAGCCGGAGUUCCAGUUGCCAGCCAAUGCAACGGUUGAGUACAUCGUGACACUGAAGGAAUUUGAAAGGGAACCUGAUAGUUGGAAACUGGACGAUGCCGAACGAAUGGAGCAAGCUAAAUUGUUUAAAGAGAAGGGUACCAACUAUUUCAAGGACAGUAAGUUUAAACUAGCCCUCAAGAUGUACGAGAAAUCAUUGGGAUUCCUGACAAGCAGCGACACUGAAGAUUCUAAACAGUUCAAACUGACUGUUUACUUGAACAAAGCCUUGUGUCAUCAAAAGCUGAGUGAUCAAGAUGAGGCGAAGGAUGCGUGUAACAAGGCUUUAGAAAUUGAUCACAAGAACGUGAAGGCCUUGUACCGUCGCGGUCAAUCUAGGCUGUCGUUAGGGGAUUUCGAAAACGCCCUGACGGACUUCAAUGCUGUUCGUGAAAUUGAACCGGAAAAUAAGGCUGCCCUAAACCAGAUUACAAUUUGCAAACAAAAAAUCAAGGACUACAACGAACAACAAAAGAAAGUUUUUGCAAAUAUGUUCACAAAGUUCGCCAAGAGUGAUAAACAGCGUGAGGAGGAGUGGCAGAGUAAGCAACCGGAUGUGAUGAAGCAAAACUUUGGUGAAUGGCGUGACGAUGAACGAGAACACGAGCCUACCCGUUUUGAGCAGGAAAAUCCAGAUGUCAUAAUGCUGAACGAAUCGUUGAAAGAUUUUAGAAACAUGUAAGUUUAACGCUGCUACGUUCCCAACAUUUCUGGAAAAUGCCCUAAAUUCUAUUUGAUACAAUUAUUCGGACAUGGUGCGAUUAUUUUGUAGUCUGCUUCAGUGUACCAUUACCAUAAAAAUGAUUCUUAAAAAUAAUUAUUUCAUUCUAUAUAAAAAUCGGAAAGAUUAAUUAGUACGUAUUAAUAAAUGAAACGCAUCUUGUCAGUUGAUACAGAAUACAAAUUAAGCUUUGAUCAAAAAGAAA